GCAGUUCCUCACUGAUGCAUCUGAAAGAGCUGGAGCUGAGGACAUGAUGGCGUGUCUGUAGCCAGGCAGCUGUCACCCUCAACCAUGACCACUGAUCCCUUCGCAGCUACUUCUGUGAACCCUUCGACUGUGCCUCCAUGGGAAAUAGCAUCAACUGUGGAUGACUGAUCCAGGCUUGGGAAGUCUGGAUUGCAACAGUAAUGCUCAGUUCCCCCAGCAGUAACCAUCAGGCAGGCACAGAGGGCAAGUGCCCAGCAGCGGCCACAUCUGUCAAUGCUCUUUGCAAGCAAGCCACGUUCAGGAAGGGGACAGCACCUCUGUGAAGGCCACGGACAGAACAUGGCUCUCAAAAGUCUCCUUUGCUUUUCCUUGUUAAAGGCUGUCCAUGUGGUACAAGUGCUCUCCCCAAGUUAGAACAGCUUCAAGCAUUGGUGUAAAUGAUUGACCUUUCUUAGGCUUUUACUGGCAAAACUUCUUCUCUAGUGGUUCCUUGUCAAGCAAGUUGAUCAGGGACUUUCCUCUGGAAAAGCAUUUUUGUUUGUAUUCUGUAUCCUUUCAGACAGUCCGAUCCACCAGCAGGUAACAAUGACAUAAUUGAUGCACAUUACUAAGGUCUCUGGUGAAGAAGGGUGGUUUUUUUUUUUUUUUUUUCCCCCAUUAAUUCAGGAUGAGAAUCCACUGAUUUAUCUUUGCCCAUCAGAUGUAGUGGAUCACCCUAAUUUCUUCUUUUUGAAUUAUCUUGAAUUAUGUCAAGUCUUUCACCUCUUGGUUUGUGGCUGCUCUCAAGUGUCACGUGCACAUUUCUUUUAAAUGUGUUAGAUCAAGUUUAAAGGGGCGCAGAAUGGUUUUCUUGAAUGUUUGCAUUAGGAUUGCAUUGCCAGACAACUUCCCUGCUGCUGGAUAUCACCAGACUGAAAAUAUUACCAGGAUCUGUCUCUCUGUAAUGUCUGGAUUGCUGAUCUUUUGGACUUGAAAUUGAACUUUAAGACUCCCCUUACUUAAAGAAGAUGAAGAUGGUUGUUUGCUCAGGCUGAAUAAAAUAAUAAGGGACCAACCCAGGGGCAGUUCAGCAGCCCCCCAGCUCUCUGCCCCACCUGCCUACAGCCAGGGUAACUGAGCAGUGCUGGGCAUCACUGCUGUGCUUCACGCCAUGGUAGCUGCUCUCUGAUGUGGGGACAACAGUCUGAGAGCUCAGGGUGCAGCACAGACAGGAUAGAUGGGAAGCAGAAGCCUGGUCAGCUGCUUAACUUUAAUCCCCUGCUGCUGGAGACAGCAGCCCUUGCUGCCUCUGGUGUCGGCACCAAAUUUUACAGGGAUUAAGCAGGGCAAGCUUGGUUUUGGGUCAUUCCUUGGAAUAAUUGGAUCAAACUUGAUAGAAAACAAAAGGCAAAUGCUGGUUGCAUCGAUCGUCUUCAUCAGCUUUGGCGUCAUUGCUGCAUUCUGCUGUGCCAUAGUAGAUGGUGUCUUUGCUGCCAGACACAUAGACCUGCGGCCACUGUAUGCAGGACGAUGCCAAUACUACUCCAAGAGCACCACACCGCCAGAGGCAGUCUGUCACCCACAGCGUCGUGCACCUUGCACACCGAAAAUAAAAACCAACACCUGCUUCUGCUGCGACCUGUACAACUGUGGAAACAGAGUAGAGAUUUCUGGAGGAUACUAUGAAUACAUUGAUGUCAGCAGCUGCCAAGACAUCAUCCAUCUUUACCACUUACUUUGGUCAGCAACAAUUUUGAACAUAGUGGGGCUAUUCCUGGGGAUCAUUACAGCAGCGAUACUUGGAGGUUUUAAAGACAUGACACCUUCCCUGCCUACGCUGAACUGCACGGUUGAAAAUGCACAUCCUACAGUGUCCUAUUACUCAAGGCCACAGGUGACAUCUUACAACACCUACUACCACAGCACUCCUCACCUGCCUCCCUACUCUGCAUAUGACUUUCAGCAUUCCAGUGUGUUCCCAGCCUCCACUCCCUCCGGCCUCUCGGACGACCCGCAGUCAGUGUCACCAUCUCCCAGCUACAUGUGGUCCUCCAACGCUCCUCCUCGGUACUCGCCACCGUAUUUUCCACCUUUUGAAAAGCCACCACCUUAUACACCGUAAAGAAAGAAGAGCGAAAUACUUGCCGUUGAAAUGAUUGUGAACAUUUUGUGUUUGUAUCUUGCUGUGGGAGGAAGGGGGGAGUAGAUACAGAAGAUAAUUGCAAACAUGAAUACUUGAUUGGACAAUUCGUUCUUGCGAGACUUAUUUCAGAGGUUUAACAGUGGGGUGUGAGGAAGGGGACAUACUGCUCAUAUUCUGCAGGGGACCUAAAUUCCAACCUCCUCAUUUUACAGCGAGGCUCAUGGAGUCCUUGGUUUUUAAUAAAGCGCAGACGAUAGAUUCUGGUCUGCUUUAGUCCAUCUUGAGCCAAGCUGAAGUAAGGGUAGCCAAGAUCCACAGCUGCCCAGGGGUAUCGUUCUGCUCGAGGUGAGGGUGCUUGCAGACAGCUCAACCUGAUGCUUGUUUUGUUUGGCCUUUGGCCACCAGUUUUUGGGGAGUUUGUGGGGCUGCAGAGCUUGGCUCGUGUCACUUGGUUACAGUCUAUGGGAUGGAAACCCUAGUGAGGAGCCAACAUGUCUUUAAUAAAUAGAGGUAACUUCAUAGGGUGUUUUCUUAUGUGUCUAGCAGAACAGUGGGAAUCUUUAUUUAUUUAUUUAUUAGGGAAAAAGCUUUAAUAAGCUCUAUUAGCUGAUUUAUUUGAGGACAUUUCUUAAGAUAGAAGGUGAAAUGCAGUUGUCUGUCUUCCGAAUUCUGUGUCAUGAUGCCGAAGUCAAACCGCCUGGGUGGCUGCACUGCCUACAUCUUCAGAAACUGCCCGCAAGUCAUUGAAACAAUGCAGUGGAAACACUUUCUUUUUCCUUUUGCUUGGUUAGGAUUUUGUUUUAAGCUUGUAAUUUUAACGGGUUGAAUCAGCACCUUGAAUAAGCAGUGUCUUAGUAGCUGUGUUAUGGGCUGCACAUAUGGAAUUUCCACGAGUAGUUCUCCAAGAUGUAAGUCUCACAUGGAUAAAAUUCAACACCCUGUAAUAUAGGAUGAAGCUGAUAGGAAUUUGCAAUUAUCGUUGUGACUUUCAUUUAAUCUUCAGCUGAUGACUGUGCUGAUGGAUCUAGAUUCCAACAGAUUUUGCAUGCGUCCUGCAUUACAAAAGAAGGUCAGCUUUGUUACGUGACAGUGUCCUGUAAAGUGUGGUUUUACUCCAGUAAGUGACCUCAGAUGACGGCUUUUAGAUCUGAGCUGCUCAGCCUGAGCAUUCCCAACUGCUUGCUUCAGAGAGGAAAAAGUGAGGUAUUGACAUUUUAUUCCUUAUUUCCUAAAAAUGGACUUUGCAUCAGAUUGCUGGCCCUAAUCCCAAAUUGCCUACAUUUACAUUCAGCUCUGGUGCAGACAAGAAGAUACCCAGCAGCUCAAUCUGGCGUGCAGAAUAUAAAACUGGUCCACGUGCCAGGGGAAAAAUCCACGGUUACGUAUUAAGCUGUGGCCUCUCUCUACUUUUAAUCUAACAGAAAGUGAAAUGCUGUCAAAAUGGACGAUGGACGCUCAAGUCCCUGAUCUCACUUUUCAAGGUACGCCACACUUUACAAUGCUGUUUUCAAUACUAUGCAUUUGCGAAGCCCGUAGGGUAGGCUGUGUGUUAACCUUCUCAUUCCACUGCCCACUGCUAGUCAGUCUGUUAGCCAGCUCAAGGACGGCACUGCUUCUCCAGAAACAAACGUAGCUUUUUCUCCAGCAACAAGUGAAAAGAGAAGCUGGGGAAAGGAGUACAGUCACAGGAUCUGAAGCACUGGUGUGUGCAGAACACAUCCUGCUGGCAUUCUGUUUUACUGCGGAUGGCUCAAGCGCAGCUCUUGGAAAUCUGCAUACUGAAAACAACAUAUUAGAGUCUCAUCCAUUUUAUAUUGCAUUUUUCUGAAUGAAAUCUUGUUCAAGAGAGUGUGUGCGAUUUCACAUCUACCCACAAACCUGGCAUUUGAAAAGGCCACGCUCACUUAAAUCAGAAAAUUCGGUAUUGCUGCACCUCUGAAAUGGGAGAUCCCAGCCCUGUCCCAGCACCAACAAACACGACACCAUUUGUGCCUGUCUACUGAGCAGGGCUCGGGGGGCCGGGGCAGCGCAGGGCAGGACAGAGGCAGUUCUGGAGGAAACAGAACCCAGAGGCAGAGAAACAAUAAGGAAACAAUUGUGUCAUCAGGUUUGAUUUGACAAGAAACACUGAAAUUAGGAAAUUAUCGAUCCGAAUUCUUGUUUUCUAAGGCACAUUUAAGCAAAAAGUACAUUGCUGCUUUAAAUUCACUGUAAUACGAUGAGGCCGUUGUCACAUUUUAAAAAUUACCUGUUUGAUUUUUCUGUUGAAUUAAUGUUUCCUUCCGCUCAAGUGAAAUAAGUGUUUCAUGUGAAUGCAACCUUCUGCACUGUGGUCAUCAUUCUUACAGGAAUGUAGAACUGUGAACCAUCUGUACCCUUUUAUUACUUUAACAAGGUCAAAUAAACUGGUGUGACUUUUGUAAGCGUU